CGCGGUCGUGCGGGCGGGCGGUGGGACGAUGGUGGGCCGGAGCGGCGCGCUGGCGGCGGGUCUGUGCGGCGCCCUCUUCAUCGGCUACUGCAUCUACUUCGACCGCAAGAGGCGGAGCCAGCCAGACUUCAAGCACCGCCUCCGGCAGCGAAGGAAGAAACAGAAGCUUGCCAGGGAGAGAGCCGGGCUGUCCAAGCUUCCUGACCUCAAAGAUGCCGAAGCCGUUCAGAAGUUCUUCCUCGAAGAGAUCCAGCUGGGCGAAGAAUUGCUAGCGCAAGGAGAGUAUGAGAAGGGGGUCGACCACCUGACCAACGCCAUCGCGGUGUGUGGGCAGCCCCAGCAGCUGCUGCAGGUCCUACAGCAGACGCUUCCCCCCCCCGUGUUCCAGAUGCUCCUCACUAAGCUCCCGACCAUCAGCCAGAGGAUCGUAAGCGCACAGAGCUUGGCUGAAGACGACGUGGAGUGAGAGCCAAGCGGCCACCGCGCCGAGAACCGCCGCCAAACCCCGGCGAUUCCACGCCCCGAAGAUGAGCGGCCUCGGGACGGGGACGGGCGGCCCGGUGGGUCCGGCGCCCGACCCGCGGACACCCAGCAGAGUUCACUCUCACCCAGGGUGGGUCCUUGGCCUGGAUUUUAUUUAUUGAAUCCUAAUGAAAAGUGUAUUUUGAUAGGAAAAAAAGGCUUUUCGUUUUAUAAAUACACUGUGUUGAGUAUCUAAACAUCACCUAAAUACUAAAAUAUCCAGCUGUAACGUACGUAGGACGAAGCCACAACACCAAGUUCCCCACGCUCAUUUUUGAAACCGAGCCGAGGCAAUAAAAAAGGAAUUCUGCGCUG